AAAGAUGUCACCAUCCCUUGUCUGCUGUCUGGUGUCCUUAUACCACUGAAUCUAAAGAAAGUAUCAGUUGUCUGGAGUCACAGAUUACAAAAUGGAACUGAACACAAGGUUCAUCAAUUUCAUGAUUCCCACCAUCAAUCAUGGAGGAACGGAUCUCACAUCAAUGACAGUGACUUCCAACAAGGCAACGCCAGUCUUUAUAUACCCAACAUUCAGAUCACAGAUGAAGGGGAAUAUCGUUGCUCUGUUAUCGUCACUCCUGAUGGCGGCUCCGCUACAUCUACUCUUCAUGUAUCAGUUAUACCGCAGGCUGCACUGAAUUAUGAUAAACACAUUGAAGCCGGAAUCCCGGGAUCUGUUUUUUGUGAAAUCAACAAUUUUUACCCAGAAACUGUGAAGGUCCGAUGGGUUAAAUACAGUAUAACUACGGACACCAUCUCAUCUUUGGAUAGAGAUGUUUCUCUCAAAAUACCGCUGAGGAACAGCGAUGGGACGUUCAAUGUGACCAGUCUGCUGACUGUGAGGCAAUCUACUGGAAUUGAACCUGGAGAUGAAUUUUCCUGUAUUGUGAGCCACAGAUCCCUGAAGGAGGAAUUGACUCUCAAAUUUAUCAUGCCAGGCUGGAGUCCAUUAAAGGAUAUUGUUUUUUCUUUGUUUGCUUUUUGCGUAAUCACGUUUUUAACAUACUUUUUGAAGAUGUAUUUUAAAAAAGGAAGGAGACCAUGGAUAUAUACUGUUUUGAGGUUUAUUUUUGUUGCAUCAUGCAUCAUGAUAGUAUACUUGAUUGUUGCAUUAAUAAGCUCCCUGGUGGCUACUGAUGAUGUGAGAGUGAAGAUAUAUAUUGCAAUAUCUGGUAUUAUUAUUUCAUACUUAUUAGGGAUGCAUUUUGAUGUGAAUUUCUGGAGAUUCUUCAAAUUGGGUGAACCUUCUCUAUCUGAGAUCUCAGGUGAUCGAUCUAUUCCCCAUAUGAAGAGAACAACUCUAACCUGUCAGAUAACAAAUUUCAAACAAAAAGAAAUUCAGAUAAAUGUAUAUCUGAAAAGACGCCAUGAAAUUAAAAGACAGCUUAUCGCCUCCUGGGAUUCCACCGACCAGACACCAUCCAAUAAAUCUGCUAAUGACUUAUUGAACACACAGAGGGACAAUAAAUUCCAUAAUCUGCCUCUUCUAGAAAAAGGUGAUGAAAGCCGUACAUUGUUAUCUGUCGAAAUGGACGUUAAGAUGGCAAAAUCCUGGAUUGGAAUGUACAACUGUCUCUGCUCCAUUACAAUCACCCCGAGUGCGGAUAAAGAUGAAGGUGCGGUGCUUGCUGUAGAAGUGGAACACGCUUCUCUGAAAUGGCCCGUCUCUGUAGGCAGAACUCUGACUGUGUACAAAGAUGAGAAACCCAGUUUAUGGAGAAGAUGUAAGAAAUAUGUUAGUAAAUGAAUCUGUCAUAUGUAUGGAGCAAACCUGAUCGGGAUCUUCGGUGCGCUGCCAUAGUGGAGUCCUGGACAUAUCACAGUCUGUAAAUGAAAAAUGUAUUUUAUUUUCUAAGGGUUGGCUUUAUUACCAGUUUGUUACUUUCGGUUCCAGCGCCACACGGAAUGAACGUUUUCCACAGCAGCAGUUACAGUUGGAUUCUAAAGACUGGGAGGAUGUCUGGGACUACCCUGUGCAAAGCUUGGUAUCAUCCAGAGACAGAUCAAUCCAAUUUAAGUUUCUUCAUAGAGCAGGCAUGUCCAAAGUCUGGCCCGCGGGCCAAAUGCGGCCCCCCUGUUGAUUUAAUAUGGCCCCCCCUGGGGAUUUGGAUAUAUAUAUUGGCCCAGAUUCAAGAAGCAAUUGCGCCUGUGUAACCAUAAUGUAACUUGAUUAUUGCAAUGCCCUGUAUAUGGGUGUGUCUAAGAACAUCUUGCACAAGCUUCAGCUGGUGCAGAAUGCGGCUGCCAGGCUACUCACGGGCGUGGGCCGGUACGACCACAUCACUCCAUCCCU